CGACGAUCGAUCACGUUCAUCCUCGGCCUCUUCAGUCAACUCAACGCGCGCCGAAGGUCGAUUCGCCGCUUGCGUCUCCUGCAAAGCAUCCAGAUGGCCUCGGAGUCCGGUCAAGCGCAGAUGAGUGAACUCAUCGCCAACAUAAGCCCCGUGUUUGAAAGCCAGAUAUACGUCCUCUGCUAUGAGGCGAAUCUCCUCUGCUUCGUGCUAAUCGGGCUCAGAGAAUGCGAUGAGGACACAGUUCAUACCCUGCCAGUACCGGCCCAGGUGUUUGUUCCUCAGGGUCUGCUUCGCGGUACGAAUCGCAUCCAGAAAUUGGUCGUCUUCGUAGAGCUUUAAUGCCGUAUCAUAGUCGAUGGCCCAUUGAAGCUCUUCCUGGGGCGAUGUGGUCGACAUCGGUAAAAAUGUGAAAGUUGGUCAGAUCCGUGUCGAGAAUCAAAGUGGUGCGAGUCGGCGACUGCACGAACGGAUUCCUUGGCGUUCAGGUGAUAGGCAGUGCAAAUUCCUGCUUGUCACAUGGAGUAGCGCUCGAGCAAAAUCACAGUACGUAUGGAACGUCGUGAAGGAUGGAGAUUGACACGGGCGUGAGAUUGGCUCCGGUCUUGGGCUCAGCAUCAGCGCCAAUGUACAAAUUGUUGCGGGACAUCGAACAAGCGAUCCUGCGACAGCUUGUACAUGCUCUGUGAUGCGUGCCAGGCGGUACCUCGGGCUGGUCCGUCAUGGACUGAGGCCUGAGGUCCCAAGCUGUGACAUCAAGAUUUGUUCGAGAUCGGGAGAUGCUCCACUUGGACGAGGAAUCCGCACUCCCACUCCUGCAUGGCCACUCGAGCAUUUAGAUCACUGUCGUAGCCGAUGGAUGCGAGUGUAGUCGUGCGACAUCGGAUAUGAGGAAGGAGA